AUGAAAUCUGUCAGUGUAACAGUAGGUUUCUUGGUUAUACAGGCAGCAGUAGAUACACACGUUGGUCCUUUUGUGAUACCUGCACCCAGACGCUGGAAUUUAGAAUUUUACUCUUUGAACUGUUUGAAUAGUUCAAAUGUUAUAAAAACCUUUGAGUGCAACUUUAAUAAAUUGGCACCAAGUCAUUAUAACUUCUCGACACGUCUUAUAUUCACCAAGAAUUUAGACAAGCAGUUUUAUAUACGAUAUUUCAUCGAUGUCAAGCCACAUUUCAAGAAAGAUUAUAUACAUUUUAUAAAUAUCAAAAUGAAUGCCUGUGAUGCUAUACGCACCAACUAUGAAAUACCUUUGCUGCAAACUCUUAUGCUGGAGUUGAGAAGGACCAGUAAUAUACCCUAUCAGUGCCCUUUUGAAAAGGAUUUUCUUUAUGAAAUCAAAAAUCUUUCGGUAACAGACAAAUAUUUGCUGAUGUCGGUACCUAGUGUAAAUUUCACUAAUGGUUUUGAAUUAUACGAAUCUAGUAACUUGAUUGGUUCUUUCAUAACUAAAGGAGGUAUUACAUCAAAGAUAUGA